UUAAGAGGCGCGGCGGCGCGGUCGGGCAGACAGGCAGCGUCUGCACUCGGCUUCCGCAGCACUCCGGCUUCUUGUCUGGACCGCGCCGCAGCGAUGGACGGAGACGGUGAUCCAGAGUGCGUGAGCCAGCCGGAAGAGGCGAGCCCGGAGGAGCAGCCGGAGGAUGCUGGCACCAAGGCGAGCCCGGAGGAGGAGCAGCCCGGGGAGGAGCAGGAGGAGGAGGUGGCAGCGGCCGAGUACCUGGCGGAGCUGCCUGAGCCACUGCUGCUGCGCGUGCUGGCAGAGCUGCCCGCAGCCGAGCUAGUACAGGCCUGCCGCCUGGUGUGCCUGCGCUGGAAGGAGCUGGUGGACGGUGCCCCGCUGUGGCUGCUCAAAUGCCAGCAGGAGGGGCUAGUGCCGGAGGGCAGCGCGGACGAGGAGCGCGACCACUGGCAGCAAUUCUACUUCUUGAGCAAGAGGCGGCGCAACCUACUGCGCAACCCGUGCGGGGAGGAGGAUUUGGAGGGCUGGUGCGACGUGGAGCACGGUGGGGAUGGCUGGAGGGUGGAGGAGCUGCCUGGAGACAGUGGGGUGGAGUUUACGCAAGAUGACAGCGUUAAGAAGUACUUUGCCUCUUCCUUCGAGUGGUGUCGCAAAGCGCAGGUCAUUGAUCUGCAAGCUGAGGGCUACUGGGAGGAGCUGCUGGACACCACUCAGCCGGCCAUUGUGGUGAAGGACUGGUACUCCGGCCGUUCGGAUGCGGGCUGCCUGUAUGAGCUGACCGUGAGGCUGCUGUCCGAGCACGAGGAUGUGCUGGCCGAGUUCAGCACUGGGCAGGUGGCAGUGCCCCCAGACAGCGAGGAUGGCGGCUGGAUGGAGAUCUCGCACACCUUCACCGACUAUGGGCCAGGCGUCCGAUUUGUCCGCUUUGAGCACGGGGGACAGGACUCGGUGUACUGGAAGGGCUGGUUCGGGGCCCGGGUGACCAACAGCAGUGUGUGGGUGGAGCCUUGAGGGGAGGGCCUCCUCCCCCCUCCCCCCUCUAGAUCUGAAGUCCGGUGUAGACAGGCUUUAAUUUAGACGGUAGCAUCCCACCUGCUGCGCCCACACCUUGCACCUGUCUCUUUGCUGCAGUCUCCAUCCCUGCGGGGAGGGAUUUGUUGGUUUACUGUCCACGGUUUCCGUCUACAUCCCCUUGGCAGCUGCUUCUAGAAUGUACCACCCGGGGGGCGUGGUCCUGCUGCUGAACUGCACGAACCUAGCACUGCCUGCCUCAAAGUGAGCUAUCAAUAAAUAUUUGUUCAAAGGAGGGAA